GCCAAUGGAAAUGUGAUAUCUUUUCGGUUACCAUGGAAACAUCUAAACAACUAAUCUGGUUUCACGAGUUUAGCAAAUAAACAAAUUAAACAACUUAUCUUGUACGUACGUUUGUGCUUGUAAUUUGAUAGCACUAAUUAUUAAAUGUAUUGAUAUUUAACUUAGAAAAUUCAUAAACAUUGUUAACAAUGAUUGUAUUUUUGUACUUUGAUAUGAUAAUAAUUUUUCAAUUAUGCUUAUGAUAUGACCUUGUUAAAACCGGAGCUAAGCGCCAUAACACAUUGUUAGUGUUUUAGUUGCUAGUAGAAACGUAGGGACUAACAUGAAAUUGUGGAAGUGUACAGCUUCAUAUACUUUUUUCCUCGAUUUACCAUUUUGGUCAUGCUCAUAAAUCUGGUUAUCAUACUGAUUUUCACGUUUGUCAUGCGUUUAGAAAAAUAUGUAUAUAAAUGUGCUUUACUAAUAAAUAACUAAGUACCAAACUAAAAAGCUAAAAUUACUUCGUCGAUGAAAUAAUUUUGAAUAUAUGAACUCACUGAACAACACAACACCACAGAUCUAAAAAUCUUAUACAGCUCGGCCCACAAUCGUGUCUUGUCGUGUUGUUUUCAACCGACUUCAAAUGGAUGGAACUUUAGAUGAGUUUACAUGGCAACCGACAUUAAUUAAAUUCUAACAAUAUGGAGAUUUAAAAGAGUGGCAAAAACGAAAAGUCACACUGUUUAAGAUUUUGCUUAGUUUAAGUUAACUAAAGUAUGAAUCAAUAAUGAGUGACGCUCUUCAAACUAAAGAAGCCUAUCUCGAAGUUUGUGCUGACUCCAAAAAACAGCCUGAUAGCGAAAUUAUAGCCAUCCUGGACAGAAUAGUCGACGACCAAAUUUUAGAUCCGAAUGGAAGCUGUACGUUGGAGUUGAAGUUAAAUGCGAACAAGCGAAACACAAACAACGAAAAGUAUCGAGAAAAAAUAAAUGACGAGGGGGUUGAUGAAUUGUGUAGAACUCUACAGGGAAAUACGUUCGUCGUCGCUUUGGAUCUUGGCUACAAUAGUAUCUCUGACGAUGGAGCUAAAACUUUGUCGACUCUACUUGAGGAAACCGCUGUUCUUAGAAAGCUGAUUUUAUCUUAUAAUGACAUCACUUACACAGGAGCGGAGUAUAUGGCGAAAGGACUUCAGAUGAACGAAACUUUGCUGAUUCUCAGAAUAAAUGGUAACAAGAUUUGCGACAAAGGUGCACUGGCCAUCGCUGGUUCACUUCAAGUAAACACCGUGCUAGAAGAACUGGAUCUCGCUGACACAGACAUGACGACGGACAGCUGCGUGGCAAUGGCAACAGUAUUGAAGUAUAAUAACACUUUAAAAGUUCUUAAUAUGAGCAGACCUAUUCUUCAUUCAUCUCAGGAGGAAGCCGUUAUUGUACACAUUGCUACAAUGCUGAAGGUGAAUCGUUCUUUGCUGGAAAUACAUGUGACAAAGUUUGGAAUUAAAGAUUUUGGGGCUGAAAGAUUGGCUGAGAAUUUAACAGCAAACACAACAUUGCGACAUUUAGAUAUAAGCUGCAAUGGCAUAACUAGAGAUGGCGCGAGUUAUCUUGCGAAAGUUCUCAUGAAGAAUACUCACCUCGAAACAUUGAACUUGGCCUAUAACAGGAUCGAAGAUGACGGAGCAUGCGCGUUGGGAGACGCGCUAGCGUUGAGGAAUACCAAUUUAGUUACGUUAAACAUACGUAGCAACAAUAUAACAUCGGUUGGCUUGUGCUCCCUGGCAAAAGCAAUGAAGAGAAAUAACACUUUAAGGAGAAUUUAUAUUUGGGGCAACAAUUUACAGGAGGCCGCAUGCAAUGCUUUUCAAGAUCUAAUGUCUGGUCGUUCUCCUCGCCUUACCAAUGAAAACACCGAUGUCUGUCCGUAUGUUGUCGACGGUAUUACCUAUUUGAGUAGGACUGAUGGUAUAUAUUAAAGUGAUAUCAUAUUAAAUAUAAUAAAAUUACUAUGCUGCAUGGUUUGCAGACGAAAUAACAGUAUGCUCGUGUACCUGACUUCUGAUUACAAACGACUAUAGUUCAGUAAAA